AUGCCUGGAGUUCCCAUCGACGCCCUGGACAACCUCAAGUCCAAGUUCAAGGCCAUCUUCAAGAAGAAGGACGAGAAGAAGGCCGAGGCAAAGCCCGCCGAGGCCAAGCCUGCCGCGACGACCACCACGCCCGCUGCCACCGAGCCUACCAAGACUGAAGCUGCUCCCGCCGCUGCCCCGGCCACUGAGCCCGCUGCUGCUCCUGCUCCUGCUCCUGCUGCCGCUGCUGAGCCGGCCAAGGCCCCCGAGCCCGAGGCUAAGAAGGAGGAUGCUGCUCCUGCUACCACCGAGCCCGCCAAGGCUCCCGAGGCUGCUCCCGCUGCGCCCGCAGCUCCUGCCGUAGCCGCCGAGGCCCCCAAGGCCCCUGAGCCCGCCACCGCCCCCGCUCCCGCUGCUGCCCCUGCUGCUCCGGCCGCCACCGAGCCCGCGAAGACGGAGGAAACUCCCGCACCCACCGCCCCGGCCGCCGCUCCCGCUGCUGCUGAGACCGCGCCCGCGCCCGCUGCCGCCCCUGCUCCGGCCGCCGCCGCUCCCACCGAGGCCGCCAAGCCCGAGGAGAAGAAGGAGGCCGCUGCCACCGCCUAG